ACCAAGGUCAUAUUUACGUUACAUUUGGUGGUCCUGUGAGUCUCAGCUGUAGUUUCGGUUUGUUGUGUUCAAAGGCUCACAUACCACUACCCAUAACGAUGCUCAGCUCACCUGUUUUAUUCACACUGUGAUACGAGUGUGUGCGUGUGUCUGUGUGAAUACAUGUCAUCAAUUCUCGGAAGUGAAUACCCUAACAACAAAUAACAUUGUGUUGGAUAUCGACUAUGAAAUACACCUGGCACUACAAUGUUAUCUGCAUACUCAGUGUAUACACUUUUCUACUACUAAAACUCUCUUAUAAUUCAGCUACUGUUAUACUACAACCAAAAUUACUUGUCAUCUCAUUGGAUGGUUUCCGUCAUGAUUAUUUAGAUCGUGCUAAGGAAAAGCAGAUUAAUAUUUCUGGAUUUGAAAAAAUUUGGAAUUCAGGAUGUCGUGUAUUAAAAGUACACAAUGAAUUUAUUACACGUACAGGACCAAAUCAUAUCUCUAUGGUAACUGGUAUGCAUGAAGAAAGUCAUGGCAUUGUUGAUAAUGUAUUUUAUGAUCCUAUACUGAAUGACACAUUUGAUUUAGUCAAUCAAAUCCAUGCACCUCAAUCAAAAUGGUAUGAUGUUGGUUCAGAGCCUAUAUGGGUAACAAAUCAACGUCAUGGUUAUCAAAGUGCUGUCUACUUUUGGCCUGGUAGUGAUACAAGUAUCAAGGGAUAUUUACCGUCCUAUUAUUAUACACCGUAUAAUCCUGAAAUUUCUCUAACUGAACGAAUCGAUACAAUUGUUCGAUCAUUAAAUUUUGAGAAUGUUACACUUGGUUUAAUCUACUAUCAUGAACCUGAUUCACAAGGUCAUAUAAGUGGACCAAACUCACCGGAGAUCUAUAAUGUUAUCAGUCAAUUAAAUCAUGAUAUGGAAUAUUUAUUAUCGUUAAUUGAUAAACAACCAGUAUUGAAAGCAUCACUUAAUAUAAUUCUAACAAGUGAUCAUGGUAUGUCUUCAGUAAGCACUAACAGGACAAUUAUUCUACAUGAUUAUAUCAAUGAAAAUUGGUAUUACAGUCCUGGAGCAGAUCAUCGGAUUGUUUGGUUAUUAUGGCCAAAAAAUGGAAUAUCAUCAGGUGAUCUUUACAAAAGACUGGCUAAGAAACAUUCAAAAAUGAAUGUUUAUCUUAAGGAAGAUAUACCAAAUCGAUUACAUUAUUCAAAUAGUCAAAGAAUUAGCCCGUUAAUUGUUUAUUGUGAACCUGGUUGGAUGAUUGUGAAGUCGAGAGAAUCAAUUGCAGAGUUUACUAAACGUGGAGAUCAUGGUUAUGAUCCUAAUGACAGUGAAAUGUCCCCAUUUUUCUUGGCUAUGGGACCAGGAUUUAAAGAUAUGUCGCGGAGUAGGAGGACAAUUCAAUCUAUCCAAAUGGUUGAUAUUUAUCCACUGAUGUGUGCACUACUCAAUCUGACUGAUCCAGCUCCAAAUAAUGGCAGUCUAUCACGUGUGAUACAUCUUCUACACGGUAAUGAUAGUUAUUUCUCAAGCUUUUUAGAUGCACUUACAGUUGGCGUUAUUUUACUGUGUUGCCUUACACUAUCACUUACUCUAGUGAUAUGUGCAUGUUAUUCUUCCCUGAAUUAUCCCUAUUUAUUCCCUCAUCGGAGUCAUGGUUAUUAUCAGCCUUUACGUCAACAUUAUACUGAUCAACAACAGCACACUGAUGAACCACCACAUGUUGGAGAACAUCAGAAUCAUCAAAUUUGUCAACCAAAUCUACUCUUACUUCAACGACGUUAUCGUAGUAAUAAUUAUCAAAAAGCAAUUCAAUUAGAAGAGUUAAAAAAGUCUACUGAUAACCGGAAAAAAUUGAAACAUAAACGUAAAUUAUAUAAUGUCUAUUUGAAUAAAGAAUCAACUGGACAAGCGGAUAGACAACACUUACUACUUAAUUAUACUAUUGAUGACAGUAAAAACACUCAUGAGGUCAAUAAUUCCGGUGAUAUUAUUCAUAAUGUUCCUGAUGUCUAUCGUGGUGUUGUUGGCACUGGCGGCGGUGGUGUUGGUGGUGGUCAUUAUGACGAUGAUAGUGAAGAAGAAUUUGAAGAAUUCAAUAAAUUUUCUAGUCACCAUAUUGAUGAUGAAACAUUUAUCAAUCUGUUACGUCAACCUAACGGUCGAUAUCCAUAACUGUGAUGCUUGUGUAUGUAUUUAUCUAUGUAUGUAUGUAUGUAUGUAUGUACACUUUCUGUGCUCAAUAACCUUCCUGUUAAAUGGGACAUUAUUAUUACUAUUACUGCUCCUACUACCGUAACUGUCAAUCGAACGCGGUCAAGAGUUAUUUUUGUAACACACAUCUAUAUAUUUAAAAGUGCUUGCGUGUAUCUCUUUGCCUUAGUAUUUUUGACAUUUCAGAAAUUCCGCCUUUGUGUUUGUUAGUUUGUUUGAUCUUGACGACGGGGGGGAGUGUGGAGGUCUCCACAUUCAAACAUGCACACCUUCCCUUCGCCAGUGUGUGAUUGUCUCAUCCUUUCACAUCAUUACCAUUACCAUCAUCAUCAUUAGCGCAUUAUUUAUUUUGGAUAAUUUUGAAAUCUCUCUGUUGUUGUUUUCCUUCCAAUUUUCUUGUUUUCUUUUCUGAGUUUGAUUGUUUGUUUUUAUUUGUCCUAAAAAGAAUGGCUGUGUUGAUAAUUUGUUGUUAUUUUUGUUAUUUUGUUAAAAAGAAAUUGAUUGUUAUUUUGUUGAAAUAUCAUUUGUUAUUAUCGCCAA